UGCAGCAGGCACAAGCCGCUGGGCGCGCAGGAGAAGCCGCAAAAAAAUCCAGCAGCCGCUACUCGAACCUGCGAGGAGAGCAGAGGGAGCGUCGGAACUUCGGUGUUAGACGAGGCCAGAGAUCCAAAAUGGGAGGCAAGCUCAGCAAAAAGAAGAAGGGCUACAACGUAAACGAUGACAAGGCCAAAGACAAGGACGCCAAAGCAGAGGGAGCCUCUGCUGAGGAGAGCGAAGCACCGAAAGACAACAAGGAUGAGGCUCCGGCUGCCACCGACGCCAAGGAGGUAGCGAACGACACGGCGGCAAAGGAUGCGCCGGCGGCCGACGCUGCGCCGGCCAAAGACGAGGAGAAGAACGCAGCUCCGGCCACGAAGGAGGCGGAGAAACCUGCCGCCAACGCUGAGCCGAAAACGGAGGCGCCCAAGAGCUCGGAGCCCGCCAAGGCCGAGGAGAAACCAGCCGCCGCCCCGGCCAAAGAGUCGGCCCCCGCCGCCAAGGAGCCCGAGGCGAAGGCGGCGGCGGCGGCACCUGCCCCUGCAGCCGAGAGCAAAGGUGAGGCCGACGCCAAAAAGACUGAGGCCCCCGCGGCGCCAGCAGCCAAAGCCGAGGCGGCUCCAGCUGCCUCCCCCGAGCCCAAGACCACAGAGGCAGCAGCAGCAGCACCGCCGAAGGAGGCCGCCGCCGCAGCCGCCGCCGCUAGUUCAACACCAGCCGCCGAACCUCCCGCCAAGGAGGCAAACGCCACAGAGGCACCAAGCAAGGAUCAAACCGUAGCAGUUCAAGAUUAAUGGACAGCUUCUUUUCGGAAAUGAAGAAAUAAAAUUACCUAACUCAACAAGGAUGAAGAUUAAAAAAAUGAAAUGAAAUUUACUAGCCCACCCAUAUUCUGAUGAUAACAAUAAUAAUAAUAAUUGUAAUGAUGCUGAUUUGUUGGAUGAGGAGGACUGAAGCAAACACCUGGAGAAGUUUCCCACCGCUGCAGAUGAUUAUUGCUAUUAUUAUUGUUAUGUUUUAUUCUAUUUUUUUCUGCUGUAGUAUUUGAACUUUGAUACGAGUCUGUGUCGGCCUCUUCAUUCCACCUCCAUCGUCCUUCACACUCAUUCAGAGGUUCAACCCGUUUCCCAUCUCAGCCCACAGAAGCUUCACGCGUUCAGCUCUGUGGACGUCCACAGUUUGGGAAAUGGUUCAGAUGGAAGGAGGGGAGGCUGAGAAUCUCUUUACCAGCUGAAUCCAUCCACUGCAGCUCCCCUCCGCUCAUCCUCCUCUUCAGAGUAUCGUGUUCUCGGCUUUUGGCCUCCAGUUCUUCGGUGCCGUGGAGUCGUGGUUGUGUUUUAUUUCAACUCAUCCUCCCUUUAGCUUUUCGAUUUUGUUGGGUUUUGUCGCGACCACUUUGCCCUCGUUCACGGGGGAGCUUAAAUCCAUCGUGAGGAGCGAGAAUGUUCAGGCUUUCUAAGACAUUUAAAGGUUGACAACGGCCGGCUUUGCAGAAAAAAACACGUUCUUAGAUGUGCUAAUCAGUUGUAGGAAUUUUUCAGAUAAACUUCUACAUUUUGUACUGAAACCCUUAGGUAUAUUGUAAGUAAACUAAGUGGUUUUUUAACAUUUGUAACACUUAUAAAAAUCUGCAAAACCUUGCUGAGAAGAUCUUUACAAUGUUUUCAGAAAGUUCAGUGCAAAUCUCUGAUCCUCGACAAAUUCCAGCAGAGAUGACGAGGUUUUUGUUUUAGCAGACAUAUCUACUGCUGACGCUGGUGAAACGGGCCAAACAGUCGCGUCUUGGAGGUUGUUUGAGGUUCUGAGGUUGGUUUUGAUACCAAGAAGGCGACAUUGGUCAGAUAGCGAACACUUAGUUGUGUCUUUGUGAAGAAAAUAGACUAAACUGACACUCAAACAUCCCGCGAUUGACUUUAUUUUUGGGUUGCUGGAAGGGAAACUUGAAUCAUACAAGUAAAAGCAAACAGAGACUGGAAGUAAAAGUGCAACUUUCUGGUUAAUUACUGGCAGCAAAAUCUGCUAAACUAAGAGGAAAUGUGCGUUGAUGUCGUGGAUUUCUGUGGUUACAUGGAGGAAUCAUACCGCAAAAACAGAAAAGCGUCGAAAAAUGUGACUAAACAAAGUAAAUGAAACACUUUCCAGCCAAGAAAUCCAUUUAAAAUCUGUAUUUACAACGUGACUAGAAGAAGAAGAACUGUAAACGCCACCAGUGUAGAAUGUAAACAGGUGAAAAGGCCUCAGAUGAGAUCAUUUGCUGUUUUCUCUGCGUCGGCUUUUACUGCAUUUUAAAUCAACCUCAUACAUUUGAAGAGCAUUAGGGGGGAUUUCAGCCAACCAGCUCAAUGCACUAUGGUUUCUAUGGCAACCGUAGGCCACGCAAUCGUUACGGGAUGGAAAAGCCUUGCACGUGGAAGGGAGCCUCUGAUUUGGUCAUUUUCAUGCAUUUUCCUUUUCCUUUUUUUCAGAAAUAUACAUCAUGCAUAUAUGUGUGCGUGUGCGCAGCAGUGGAAGGAAAAAGUUCUGAUACAUCUUUGAUUAAGUAGCAAUAGCUUAAAUGUUUUUAAAGAGAAAAGCUGUAAAAAGUUUAACAUCCAGAGUUAAAGCAGGACCUAUGUGAGCUGGAAAAGACAUUGAAAGAAAGAAGGAAGGAAAAUGUAGGAAGUUAGAAGGACUAGACAUUAAAAUCGUACCUCAUCGUGACUAGAAAAUCUGAAUUUGCAAACUAAUUUGUCAAAUAAACUCAAAUGUGUUCCAUGAUACCAGCAACCUAAAGCUGCACAGUGAUCAUUCGAAUGAACCGUCUUCCUUCCACCUGCGCAUGUCUGCAGGUAUAUGCAUGUAUAUAUUCGGUCAUCUCAGCCAUCCAUCUGCCAGAUUUUCAGUUCCGUCCAUGGGACACACAGCGUUUUCCUCCCAGCACUUGUCAAACCGUAGCAGAAACAAACAGUCGAGGAGCGUCGUGUGUCGCCUGGUUUUGGUUUUUUCUUCCUCUCUUGACUCAGUAACUUGCAUGUCCGUGGUUGGGUGAACCUGUAGUCCUGUCUUUUUGGUCAAGUGGAAACAAAAAAAAAAAAGUAAAAAUAAAAAAUAAUAAUGAUUUCUCAGUCUGCAUCCAUGGCAACUACAGUCGAUAUUUUCAUCCCAUGUCUCGCCGCCGCUACUUCCACACCACACGUUUCAUUUCAGACAAACAAAAAGAUGAUAUGGAAAAUUGAUGCAUUCAAAAUUAUAUGUACUUGUAUAAAUGGUGCAACAGUAAUAAAAAUGUAAGAAAUUGACUUAAACUUGA